GUUUGACAAAGUUUAUGCUUGGAUAACAGAUUUGAAUGAUGCAAAAGAAAAUAUCUACCAAGUUUUUGAACAAGAACUUGAAUUUGGACUUGAUAAUCUGGAUGUUGAUGAUUAUAAUAAUCUAUGUAUUGAAUUACAAGAUGGUAUUCAAACAGCACUAGAAGGAUUUGUAAAAUGGAUGCAAGUUUGGAUUCAUCUACCUUUAAGUAUUUGUUGUUUGGGUGAUAACAAUGAAGAAGAUAUCAAAGAAGGAAAUUUGGAUACAUUUGGAUUAUCUGAGGCUUUAAAAGAUGAAUACCGAAUUUGGACUAUUGUUGUUCACCAGCAACAACUAGAAGGAAUGUUUAAUCGUUAUGACUUGAAAGUACAUCCAAAUAUGGAUUUGGAACUUCAAGAAGCAAGGAUGAUUUUGUCAACAUCUAGUUCUAACUCUCUUGAUAUUACAAGAGAAAAACUUCAAGAUAUUCGUACAAUAUUGCAAGAUAAAAAUAAAUUAGAAAAGGAAGCAGAAAAUGAUGGAAUCGGAAAUACAAACGUCAUUUUCAAAUCAUUUGUAAGCUAUCGAAAACGCUAA